AUGGCGACUACCAGCAGACCUUGGUUUUGGCUGGGGAACGAGACCCUGAAGGUGCCUCUGGCCCUCUUCGCCCUAAACAGGCAGCGCCUGUGUGAGCGUCUGCGAAAGAACCCGGCCGUGCAGGCCGGCUCCGUGGUGCUGCUGCAGGGUGGGGAGGAGACGCAGCGCUACUGCACGGACACCGGGGUCCUCUUCCGCCAGGAGUCCUUCUUUCACUGGGCAUUCGGAGUCACUGAGCCCGGCUGCUACGGCGUGAUUGACAUCGACACCGGGAAGUCGACCCUGUUCGUGCCUAAGCUUCCUGCCAGCCAUGCCACCUGGAUGGGCAAGAUCCACUCCAAGGAGCACUUCCAGGAGAAGUAUGCCGUGGAUAGCGUCCAGUACGCAGACGAGAUCGCCAGUGUCCUGGCCUCACAGAGUCCCUCUGUCCUCCUCACUUUGCGCGGUGUCAACACGGACAGCGGCAGUGUCUGCAGGGAGGCCUCCUUCGAGGGCAUCAACAAGUUCAAUGUCAACAACACCAUUCUUCAUCCAGAGAUUGUGGAAUGCCGGGUCUUUAAGACGGACAUGGAGCUGGAGGUUUUGCGCUACACCAAUAGGAUCUCCAGUGAGGCCCACCGGGAGGUGAUGAAGGCCGUAAAAGUGGGAAUGAAAGAAUAUGAGCUGGAAAGCCUCUUCGAGCACUACUGCUACUCCCGGGGCGGCAUGCGCCACAGCUCCUACACCUGCAUCUGCGGCAGCGGCGAGAACUCGGCCGUCCUGCACUACGGACACGCCGGGGCCCCCAACGACCGGUCCAUCCGGGACGGAGACAUGUGCCUGUUUGACAUGGGCGGCGAGUACUACUGCUUCGCGUCCGACAUCACGUGCUCCUUCCCUGCCAACGGCAAGUUCACCCAGGACCAGAAGGCCAUCUACGAGGCGGUGCUGCGGAGCUGCCGGGCCGUCAUGAGCUCCAUGAAGCCGGGCGUCUGGUGGCCUGACAUGCACCGCCUGGCUGACCGCAUCCACCUGGAGGAGCUGGCCCGCAUCGGCAUCCUGAGCGGCAGCAUCGACGCCAUGGUCCAGGCCCACCUGGGAGCUGUGUUCAUGCCUCAUGGGCUCGGCCACUUCCUGGGCAUUGAUGUGCACGACGUGGGAGGCUACCCAGAGGGCGUGGAGCGCAUUGAUGAGCCCGGCCUGCGGAGCCUGCGCACUGCAAGGCACCUGGCGCCAGGCAUGGUGCUCACUGUGGAGCCGGGCAUUUACUUCAUCGACCACCUCCUGGACGAGGCCCUGGCUGACCCGGCGCGCGCCUGCUUCUUUAACCGCGAGGUUCUGCAGCGCUUCCGUGGGUUUGGAGGGGUCCGCAUCGAGGAGGACGUCGCGGUGACUGACAGUGGCACAGAGCUGCUGACCUGUGUGCCCCGCACGGUGGAGGAGAUCGAAGCAUGCAUGGCAGGCUGCGACAAGGCCUUUACUUCCUUCUCUGGCCCAAAGUAG